AAUAAACAAUAUCUUGUCACGUGAUAAACCACAUGGAUUCAGUCAGUUUUGAAGCUCUGAGCAAGUGGUCAAACUAUUUGUCUGUAUUGGUGGAGGUUGAAGACAUGAGUCCAUGGACAGGGACUACUGAGGAACCUUCAUCAAGAACAAGGAGAUCCACACGCUCACUAGCGAUGAUGGUUUGCCCUCUGACAUGACCUCUGAGGAUGGCUCCACCCUCAACGCUAUAGGCCACGCCCUCAUCCAGAUGCAGCAAGGUGGACAGACCACCCCCUCAUCUCAGUUCCUCAUCACUAGGAGCACCUCAUCUGGUUCAGAGUUUGGCCAAAAUGGUCCUCUGUAUGUGAUGAUCCCACCAUCCAGUAGUGCUGAGAUACUGCAUGCAAUGAGUCGACCUAUAGCACCCAAGAUGAGCGGGAUAUCAACUAUGGAUUAUCACACGGCCGACUCCAUCUUUCAAAUGCAGUUGUCUGGGGAUAUGGCCGCCAACAGGGAAGCUCAGAGGAAGGCUACACACAAUGAAGGUGCUGCAAAUUCAAUACUGAAAGUUAGUGUACAACAGAUGUACAUGUACGUACGUGGUCAUAAUCAAAUAGAAGCAUUUCCCACAAAGUACAGUUACGAAGCUUUAACAUCAAAUCUGCCACUUCUAAAACUAGUGUUCAAGCUGGCGCUGUGCUAAUGCCUCUCGCCAUGAUUUAUUUUCGCUCAAAAGUAUAGAAGAGGAAGUAUAGAAGAGGAAAAAGUGUAUAAAAUAAUCUGUCUAAAACUGACUUGCAUCUAUUCAAUUGUAUAAUGGUAUCAUUGUUGUGUUUUGUGGCUGCUUAUACCAGGACCUCAAGGAUCUAGGAAGCAACAAAGAAGAAGAUUUUGUUUUCAAUUAAUUAUAGUGCAUAAUUUUACUAAUUAUUUCAUAAAGUUAGCUUAUCUAUAUAAAGUCACUGAGAAGAAAAGACUUAUUACAUGCAUCUAUUGUUGUAUUAUGUGGCUUUAAUACCAGGACCUCAAGAAAGAAGAAAAUUGAUUCUUCCAGGAUCUGUAGUUCAGUGUAUAAUUAUAAUAUCUAAGAAGAAAAGACUUGUGUACAUGCAUAUUGUUAUCUAUAUUGUUAUAUAGUAGUGUUUUGUGGCUUACCAGGCCCUCAAGAAAUAUGUGAUUCUGCCAGGAGGAUCUGGAUCUUGGAUAUCACGUGGGGAAUGAGCGCGCAUGCGCAUUACAUCCACAGGAAUAAUUAAAGGGUGUGUCCAAAGAGAUCAAUUUCACAAUGGCUACUGCAUGCUAGCUAGCUGUUUUAACAGGUAUUUUCUGAGUCCUGUAGCUAACAAAAAAACUAGCGCUUUAGUGCAAGGCUAGCUCAUAUGUUGAAUAGAAAGUUUGUGCGGACAGAUGAUGCUAUAAAAGAUUCUGAAGAGACUGCAACAGCCUUCAAUCUGCGCACUUGUGGCUUCAGUUGAGGAGAAGGCUUGCUGUACUCGUAGGUGGGAGGUAAGUCUAUCAUAGAGCAUGUAUAUUGAGCCUACAUUAUUAGUGGAUAGCCUUUUGGAGCUCAUUUUUGUCUGUAACUUACUAGGUGACAAGUUUGUGGUUAGGCGAUCUUUGGUUGGGUUUAUGUUUGGAACAUUUCGCUUUGCUUUCCUGUUAGUCUAUGAAGUGAAGUACUGGGAGAAUGUGUUCAGCACUUAAGGAAAUGUAUAAGGCUAGCAGCAAACUGAAUGAUAGGUCAAAAAUAGGUGUUCAACAGUACCUAUCUUGUGGUUAGGCGAUCUUGCCAACAAAAAGCUCCAUCACUUAAAUGAUGUGGUCAUUCAAUAAUAUAGAUGUCCUUAUACCAGGAGAAUCUAUUUUGACCCUCAGUAAAUGUUUUGUUAUUUCAGGAAAGCGUGUCUUUUUGUGGUGAACAUGUUUACUCAUACAAAUGUACUGUAUGAUGAUAAUGCAUACAUGAUCGUACAACAGCGGCCUGAGUAAAUUAUUAUUACUGUAUGAUGAUAAUGCAUACAUGAUCGUACAACAGCGGCCUGAGUAAAUUAUUAUUACUAACAUACUUUUUUAAUUUAGGUAAUGCUCUAUCACCAAAGGAAGCGGAAAGGAGCAUAAUUAUUCCCUGAUGCAAGACUAACAAACAAGUGUACGAGCACAAGUAGCGAUAAGACGAAGAAGAAUCCUCCUUCAACUUUAAAUCAGUUUUAGUUGUCCAUUUAGUUGUCUAUUACUAAGUCUAUCUCCAUGCAUGGAUGCCUGCCUAUAUAAUAUUUUGUGUGCAUACAUGCUGUGCUAUAUAUACAAUGUCAUCACAAAAAUUAAGUCAGCAGUGUACAUGUAGCUAGAUCAGGUUCCAAUAUGAUUUCUGCAUUUCCACUUUCAUUCAUGAACAUCUCUCUUGGCUCUCCCUGCGCAGAGAAUCAGUUAGCACUGGAAGAACUUGGACUGGGAGCUUCAGUUAUCCUAUCACUCACACGUAGUUACUGUUAUUAUUGUAUCCAUGCAGUAGAUUCCGUAUGCUAUAGGGAAUUCCGGAUACUGGGUCCGUGUCAUCCGUUGCAAUGAGUGUUUCAGGACUUUUGGUAGUGGGCGGAAGUGUUUCACAUCCACGGAGUGUACAGUAUCUAUGGUUAAACUAGCCAUAACUCGAGAAACAAGCUUUAGUUCGCUAAUCCACGAAUCAAAAUCCAAGAAACUGUUAGUUUUCGUCGCAUUGCAAACCAUUGAGCAGUUACACCUGGAACAGACACACACACACACACACAGUCAGCUUUACCGUAUCCCUCGUGCGGCUAAGCCUAGAGGCAUAACUAAUAACUUAUUUGUUGUGUAGAGGCUAUCUAUCCAUGCUGUAAACGUCUUAAUAAUUAAGUACGCCUUGAUUUAUACUGUACAGUAAGUGUACGUGUGUGUGUGUGUGUGUGAGGUCAAGGUUCAUUCAUUUUGCCAAUUGGUUCAGCUUCAUUGUACAUGCCCUAAACACGAUAAUUACCAGUUGUUGUUGUUCUUCCCACGCCCAGUUGAGCGUGAGCGUCGGGGCAGGAUCAACGAGCUCAUCAAGGUACUGGCUCAGAUAGUGCUUGCUUGUCAGAAGAAAGACGCAACUACUGGUUCCAUUGUCGGGUAUGUGUACAGCAAGGGAACGGUACUGGACAAGACAGUCUGGCACCUUUGCAAGCACAACCUAUGCACUUGUCAGCUUCGUCAUAAUUAUCUCCCCUCUUACAAUCAUCGCUGCCGACUGGAGCCUCUAAUCCAAACACACCACUCUUAAGCUCACUCGUACAAACUCUAUCUUCCAUUGCGAGCACGACCACUUCUCCAUCCACCCCUGUACCGAAAUCCUCCAUGCUGUCACAAGCCAACAACAAUGGCGGUGGUGGGGGUGGUGGUGGUGGUCUCUCUGCUGCGGCUGCUGCUAGUCUGCUCAACACUCUGAUUCUGGCUCAGAAUGUGCUCACAAGCAACUGAAGUGCUGGUAGCCCCGGGCAAGAUUCAAUGUCUAUGGAAACGGUGGACCAAUCCUCUCAACAGUAGUGUACAGUAUAUUAUAAUUGUGGACUGUUUAUACUGUUCUAGUUUUAACGUGUGUUUUUUAGUAAUCUCCCCUUCACUUACUAUAGCUACAUUGUCAGUAUUAUUAUGUAUACAUAGUUUUUAUACAUGAUAUUUGUGUCUUAUUGAACCUGAAUUGUUUGUCUCUAGAAAAAAAAAAUGUUGUGAACAAAGCUAUAAUAAAUUAUUAUAGGCCCAUUAUAAUUAUGUGCAGUUAGCCUCCAUCUCAAGCCGCACUUCCUCGAAAAUUGGCCUGGUAGUAUAGACUGCUUGCGCAUGCGCUAACCAUUAGCCACUGAACAUGAAAACUGUGCUGAUCCAAUGAAGAACCUUCAUCAAGAACAAGAACACUGACUCAGGACGAGGAGGACUUUGACAAGUUCCUGGAGAGUGUCAAAGCUCAGCAGCUCUCACUCUCCACAAAAGUUGAGUGUGAGUGAUAGAGGCCAUAUAUAUAAGGAGGACAUACGUGUGUCGAGGCUGGUGGUGGCCCGUGUGCUGAGGGAGAGAAAUGAGUACAAAGAGGAGUAGCUCUCACUAUUGGAGCAGAUUAGGAUGAGUGCUGACUCGGCUCUGUUUAAGUCCAAGAGCAAGAAAUCAAAGUGGCUCGACUAGUGAGUUGUGUCACGUCAGUUAGUGUGUAGAGUUGUAGUGAAGCUUUUCUUAUUCUAGUCACUCUAUAGAGAUUAUUAUAGAAUACAGUCAGGUUAAUUAAUGGACUCCAUAGCGGACCUAUGCCACCUCUAGAGUACAGCUAUACUGUUUCACUGUAUAUCUUGAAGUAAGAUUAUAAUCUAGUGCAAUAAGAUACUAUUAGUGUUAUGAUUCUACUAAAACUCGUUCUCAAAAGUUUCAGCCUCUAGUCUAGUUUUAUUUUAUUGCUCCCAUUACUUGCUGCUUAGCCAGAUCAUAUAUACUAUUGUAUAACACUCCUCUGGUUUCUAUAGAUCUUUAUUAUUUAUGUCAACAGCCGAGGGUGGCACUUCAAUGCUCUAGUUCUAAUUGUAGAUUGACUGAUCGAUUUGUCUUCUGUAUUAUUGUUUGAUUUUUCCACCCCUCAUCUUUUCCGGCCUCCACUUAUGCGGCAAAUUUUCGGUCUGGCCAAGUGUUGAGGAGACAAGAAGUGGCACUGAGAAUGGAGGUAGAGGCCUACUAUGCUGCUAAGAAAGAGAGGGGCCUCACGUAAACUUGCCACUCAGUGUGACUAUGACCAUGUGACUCUUUACCCCCUCAGUUCCUGAGCCCCACCCCUCACUGUCUGACUCGGAAGAGGAGAUAGACUUUGUAUUCUGGGAGAAGGCGUCCACCCUACCCUCAGACAAGACCCCAACCAAGGACCUGAACUUGUUAUGAGACUGUUAAAUAUUAUUUUGUCUGUUUUUGUACUAUUUUCUGGCAAUGUAAUUAUGUAUGUACCACUUCAUGUCAUCAUAAUAACUAUAAUUAUAUGAUAAACAUGAUAAAAAGAAUAUCAAUAUCGUUAUAAACUCA